GAGCGGAGCGCGGGAAGGCGGUGCCUGGACGGGGCACAAGCACCGACGACGCGGGAACAGAGGACUCACGGGGAGCGUCCCUUCCUCUCUGGCCCAGGAGCUGAGCCUGCCCUGCCGGGGGCUGCUGGCAGGAUGCCCCUCUUUGUGCCAUCCGCGGACAGGAAGACCUCGAAGGAGGAGGAGCGGUGCCUGCGGGCAAACGACCGGGCCUACAACCUGCAGUUCGAUUAUGCUAAAAACUCCAUCAAAACCUCCAAGUACAACCUGUUCACCUUCCUGCCUCUCAACCUCUUCGAGCAAUUCCAGCGCGUGGCCAAUGCCUACUUCCUCAUCUUGCUCAUCCUGCAGCUCAUCCCUGAGAUCUCCUCCCUCUCCUGGUUCACCACCGUGGUCCCCCUGGUCUUGGUCCUGACCGUGUCCGCAGUCAAGGAUGCCAUGGAUGACGUUAAUCGCCACGCAAAUGACAAGCAGGUCAACAACCGGCCCGUUAAGGUUCUGAUUGAUGGCAGCUUAAAGGAAGACUUGUGGCUCAACGUUGAAGUGGGAGACAUCAUCAAGCUGGAGAACAACAAUUUCGUGACCGCGGACAUCCUCUUGCUCUGCAGCAGUGAGCCCCACAGCCUGACCUACAUUGAGACAACGGAACUGGACGGGGAAACCAACCUGAAGGUGAAGCAGGCGCUGACCGUCACUGCAGGGCUGGGGGGAGACCUGCAGGCCCUGAGCAGCUUCAAUGGGGAAAUCCGCUGCGAAGCCCCCAACAACCGGCUGGGCAGGUUCACCGGGACCCUCUCCUUCAAGAAGGAGAAAUACGCCCUGGACAACGAGCAGCUGCUGCUGCGGGGCUGCAUCAUCCGCAACACCGAGUGGUGCUUCGGACUGGUCAUCUUUGCUGGGCCAGACACCAAGCUGAUGCAAAACAGCGGGAAAACCACUUUGAAACGGACCAGCAUCGAGCGCCUCAUGAACUACUUGGUCUUGGUGAUCUUCCUUUUUUUGGCUAUCAUGUGUUUGAUCCUGGCCAUCGGCAACUGCAUCUGGGAAUACAACCAGGGCUACCGGUUCCAGGUGUACCUGCCCUGGGCAACAGAUGUCAACUCGGCAUUUUUCUCUGCAUUUCUUGUGUUCUGGUCUUAUGUCAUCAUCCUCAACACCGUGGUGCCCAUUUCUCUCUAUGUCAGCGUUGAGAUCAUUCGCCUGGGCAACAGCUGCUACAUCGACUGGGACCACAAGAUGUACUACCCGCCCCACGAUAUGCCCGCCCAGGCCCGCACCACCACCCUCAACGAGGAGCUGGGGCAGAUCAGAUACAUCUUCUCUGACAAAACGGGGACCCUCACUAAGAACAUCAUGAUCUUCAACAAGUGCUGCGUCGCCGGGAAGGUCUACGGGGACAUUCUGGAUUCAGAGGGAUUCCUGGUGGAGGACAUUGAGGCGAUGGACAGAGUUGACUUUUCAUGGAACCCUUUGGCCGACCCCAAGUUCGCCUUUUAUGACUGCAGACUGCUUGAAGCGGUGAAGGCCCAGGAUGAGUCCACACACCGGUUCUUCCGCCUCCUUUCCCUCUGCCACACAGUGAUGCCGGAGGAAACCAAGGAUGGCACGCUGGUGUACCAAGCCCAGUCGCCGGACGAGGGGGCCUUGGUGACUGCGGCCCGGAACUUCGGCUUUGUCUUUCGUGCCCGCACCCCCACGACCAUCACUGUGGUGGAAAUGGGGACCACGGUGGUUUACGAUCUGCUGGCCAUUCUGGACUUCAACAAUGUGCGCAAAAGGAUGUCCGUCAUUGUGCGAAACCCGAGUGGCCAGCUGACUCUGUACUGCAAAGGGGCCGACACCAUCCUGUACCAGCUCCUCCACCCCUCCUGCAAGCAGCUCGAGGAAGAGACCACCGAGCACUUGGAUGAGUUUGCUGGGGAAGGUUUGCGGACCUUGGUGGUAGCUUACCGAGACCUGGAGGAGUCCUACUUUGAGAGCUGGCAGGAGCGCCACCACAAGGCAAACACCAGCCUGCAGGACCGAGAGGGGAAGCUGUCCGAGGUGUUUGAGGAGAUCGAGAGAGACCUGCAGCUGCUGGGUGCCACCGCCGUGGAGGACAAGCUGCAGGAUGGGGUGCCCCAGACCAUUGAGAUCCUGGGAAGGGCAAACAUUAAAAUCUGGGUGCUCACUGGUGACAAGCAAGGGAAAGUGGUGGUGCGCCGAGUGAAGCAGCUGCGCAAAUCGCCCGCCCCGCCCGCCCUGAAGCGCUACCUGCAGCGCAGCGCCUCCCGCCGCUCCGGCUACGCCUUCUCGCACCAGGAGGGCUUCGGGGACCUCAUCACCUCCGGCCGGAACAUGCGCCUCAAGUCGAUCGCCGCCGCCAGCCCGGCGCCUUACGCCCAGAAGUACCGGCCGCGCCUGGAGAGGAAAGACGGGGGCGCUUCCUAG